AUGUCUCUGGUGGACAAGCACAAAGUGAAGAGACAGAGGCUGGACCGCAUCUGUGAAGGUAUCCGUCCUCAGAUCAUGAACGGGCCGCUGCACCCUCGCCCGCUGGUGGCGCUGUUGGACGGCAGAGACUGUACGGUGGAGAUGCCCAUCCUCAAAGACCUGGCCACCGUGGCCUUCUGCGACGCUCAGUCCACGCAGGAGAUCCACGAGAAGGUUCUGAACGAGGCGGUGGGGGCCAUGAUGUACCACACCAUCACCCUGACCAGAGAAGACCUGGAGAAGUUCAAAGCUCUGAGGAUCAUCAUCCGGAUCGGGAGCGGAUACGACAACAUCGACAUCAAGGCGGCCGGCGAGCUCGGUAUCGCGGUGUGUAACAUCCCGUCUGCGGCGGUGGAGGAGACGGCAGACUCGACGCUGUGUCACGUGUUGAACUUGUACCGGAGGAACACGUGGCUGUACCAGGCUCUGCGGGAGGGCACCCGGGUCCAGAGCGUGGAGCAGAUCAGGGAGGUGGCCUCAGGCGCCGCCCGCAUCCGAGGAGAAACGCUCGGACUCAUCGGGUUUGGUCGCUCGGGGCAGGCGGUGGCCGUGCGGGCGAAGGUUUUUGGGUUUAACGUGAUCUUCUACGACCCGUACCUGCAGGACGGGCUGGAGCGGUCGCUGGGCGUCCAGAGAGUUUAUACUUUACAAGAUCUGCUGUACCAGAGCGACUGUGUGUCUCUGCACUGUAACCUGAACGAACACAACCACCACCUGAUCAACGACUUCACCAUCAAACAGAUGCGUCAGGGUGCGUUCCUGGUGAACACGGCCAGGGGGGGUCUGGUGGAUGAAAAGGCUCUGGCUCAGGCGCUGAAGGAGGGCAGGAUACGAGGAGCGGCGCUGGACGUGCACGAAACAGAACCUUUCACUUUUGCGCAGGGGCCCCUGAAGGACGCCCCCAACCUGAUCUGCACCCCCCACACGGCCUGGUACAGUGAACAGGCCUCGCUGGAGAUGAGGGAGGCAGCGGCGACGGAGAUCAGGAGAGCCAUCACAGGUCGUAUUCCUGACAGUUUGAGAAACUGUGUAAAUAAAGAGUUCUUCGUCACUUCUGGACCUUGGGCGAUCAUGGACCAAACAGGAGUCCACCCCGAGCUCAACGGCGCCGCCUACAGAUUUCCCGCGGGCGUGGUGGGCCUGUCUCCCGGCUCUCUGUCCGGCUCUGCUCUGGAGGGGGGGCUGGUUCCUUCGGGAGGAGUGCCGGUCUCCCACGGCGUCCCGUCGGGCGCUCACCCGUCGCAGACCCCGUCCCCCAACCGGCCGUCCUCCAAACCCGUCGCCGACCAAUAA